CCUAAACCGACAUGGUACACGACUGCAGUCGAUCGACAACAUGACCAAGGGAAAUGCAGUUUGCUGGUAUAUAAGUUCUGCGCGAAGAAACAGCUGACAGUCCUGGAGUAACGGCGCCAUGGCAACGCAAGAGAUGCUGUUUGUGAUGUGGAUGAUCUCGGCAAUACUUCUUCAAAUAGCAUCAGGCCAGUAUAGUCUCAGCCGUGGCCGGGCAUUACCUGCUUCGGCACAGCAGGCGGAGCGCGACCAGCCCUUGAGCCAAGCCUACAUCCAAAACGCCGAUUACAACGACCAGGGUCAGUAUCUUGCUGAUGCAUACCAAGACCAGGGGAAGUAUGCCACUGGAAAUAAUCCUGUUCUGUAUUCUCGACCCAUCCUUACCCAUGGCAGAACCAGCCAUCCUAAAGAGAAUGAAUAUAAAAUCCCUGCCAAGCCAGCCACUCCGGUGUACAGGCCGCAGUCUAUUGAACACAAACGAGACCCGACUCACCGCCCCGCCCAGGCAUCGAACAGCCCCCUUCCUUCGGGCUACAAAAAUGUAGCCAACAUCGUCUUCGCCGGCAUCCCCGAGGAAGGUUUUGACGGCGCCGAUUACGAGUUCGCAACUUAUCACGGCCACCCCGAGGCACAGGGGUUUGGUUAUGCAGUCGAUGACAACGACAACGGCAACAAAUUUACCCACAACGGCUACUCCGAGGGUGACACGACGAAGGGCGAGUACCGCGUCCUGCUGCCCGACGGCCGCACGCAGAUUGUCACUUACUCAUCAGACCCAGAGAGAGGCUACAUGGCUCGGGUCUCGUACGAGGGGACGGCCAGGCCCUACACGCCCCCACAGGCGGAGAAGUAUGCUUCCGUCCGCAACAAGCCUUGACUGGUCCGCAGUGCAGGGCAAGUCUGCAUCUCACCGAUUCUUCGCUGGCCUUUAGCAUCUUGUUAAUGCUGUGUGUGUGUGUGUGUGUGUGUGUGUGUGUGUGUG